AUGACUAAUGCAAAAACUGAGUACGGAGUGAUUCCGAAGGAACAUUGGAAUAUUCCAGAUGAUAUAGAUAUGAAUCUUAAUGAGUUAUUAAAAACUUAUGAUUAUUACUGGCGUGUUGAACCUAAUGUUGACUUUUAUUGCGAUAUUGAUUUUGACCCAUUUGUAUAUAUGAAAGAGAACGAUAUUAAAUAUGGAUUCACUCUUGUACCAUAUGAAUCAUUAGCAAUUAUACCUACACUUUGGGGUACUGUCAAAGAAUUUAUUAGAAUGUAUCCAAAUUUAAUUGAAGAUGAUAGUAUAUUUGAAUUUAUAACUGAUGAUCAUGGUAAAACAUAUAAUCUGUGCCAAUUUUGGUCAAAUUUUGAAAUUGCUGAUCUAAAUUUUUGGAGAAGCGAAGCCUAUACAAAAUUGGUUAAUUUUCUUGACAAAAAAGGUGGAUUUUUUUAUGAUCGGUGGGGAGAUGCACCGAUUCAUACAAUUGCAGCAGCCCUUUUCUUGGAGAAACAUCAAAUUCGUUUUUUCGAAGAAAUUGGGUAUCACCAUGGUUCUCUUAUAAAUUGUCCUAAAGGAAAUAGGCUUCAAUCUAAAUGUCGUUGCGAUCCUGUUGAUAGUGUCG